UCUCAGGUGAGGCUGGAAACAUUUACUUUUUUGUGGCCUGAUGGCAUGUUUUGGCAAUAUAUGAGUGUGAAUUUUAAGUGAAUGUGAUUUUAUUUUCCUUGACUGUGCGCUUCAGGCCAUUUGAUAUCUUUAUAUUAAUCGCUAUUUUUGCCAACUGCAUGGCCUUAGCAGUCUACAUUCCCUUCCCUGAAGAUGACUCCAACUCAACCAAUCAUGACCUGGAAACAGUUGAAUAUGCCUUCCUCAUCAUUUUUACAAUUGAAACCUUUUUGAAGAUUAUAGCUUAUGGAUUAGUGAUGCAUCAGAACGCAUAUGUGAGAAAUGGUUGGAACAUGCUGGAUUUUGUAAUUGUAGUCAUAGGGUUAUUUAGUGUUGUCUUGGAAUUUUUAACCAAAGACAAAGAACCAGAAACUACAGGGACCCACGCGGCGCAAGCGCACGGACACGGCGGGAAGUCGGGCGGUUUCGACGUGAAAGCGCUCAGAGCUUUCCGCGUGCUCCGUCCCCUCCGGCUGGUCUCAGGAGUGCCCAGUCUACAGGUGGUGUUGAAUUCCAUUAUAAAAGCCAUGGUUCCCCUCCUGCACAUUGCCCUCCUGGUUCUGUUUGUGAUCAUCAUCUACGCCAUCAUAGGACUGGAACUUUUCAUUGGGAAAAUGCAUGCUACCUGCUUUAUUCCUGGUACAGAUAUAAUAGCAGAAGACGAACCUGCACCAUGUGCAAUCUCAGGUCACGGGCGCCAGUGCGCCAUCAAUGGCACCGUAUGCAGAGAAGGCUGGCACGGCCCCAACGGGGGCAUCACCAACUUCGAUAACUUUGCCUUUGCCAUGCUGACUGUGUUCCAGUGCAUCACCAUGGAGGGCUGGACUGACGUGCUGUACUGGAUGAACGACGCAAUGGGCCUAGAGCUUCCUUGGGUUUACUUUGUCAGUCUUGUCAUCUUUGGAUCCUUCUUUGUUCUAAACCUUGUUCUUGGUGUGUUGAGCGGAGAGUUCUCUAAAGAGCGAGAGAAGGCCAAAGCCCGUGGAGAUUUCCAGAAGCUCAGAGAGAAGCAGCAGCUGGAGGAAGACCUGAAAGGAUACUUAGACUGGAUCACGCAGGCCGAGGACAUCGACCCCGAAAAUGAGGACGAGGCAGACGGAGAAAAGCGCAACCGGGUCACCCUGGCUGACCUAAUGGAGAAGAAGAAAGGGAGGUUUAGGUUUUUCAGCCAGUCUUCUGACACACAUGCGAGCAUGCCUGCCAGUGAGACGGAGUCGGUGAACACGGAGAACGAGAAAGAAGAGAAGACGCCUUGCUGCGGGCCUCUCUGUCAAAAAAUUUCAAAGUCAAAGUUCAGUCGGCGCUGGCGUCGCUGGAACAGGUUCUGCCGCAGGAAGUGCAGGCUCGCCGUGAAAUCGGUCACGUUCUACUGGCUGGUGAUCGUCUUGGUGUUCCUCAACACUCUCACCAUCUCCUCAGAGCACUACAACCAGCCCAACUGGCUCACUCAAGUGCAGGAUGUGGCCAAUAAAGUGCUGUUGGCCCUAUUCACGUGUGAGAUGCUGGUGAAGAUGUACAGCCUGGGGCUGCAGGCCUACUUUGUCUCGCUCUUCAACCGUUUUGACUGCUUUGUGGUGUGCGGGGGCAUCACGGAGACCAUCCUGGUGGAGCUGGAGAUCAUGUCUCCGCUGGGGAUCUCCGUGUUCCGCUGCGUGCGUCUGCUGCGCAUAUUCAAAGUCACGCGGCACUGGGCAUCUCUCAGUAACCUGGUGGCCUCUCUGCUUAACUCCAUGAAGUCCAUCGCCUCCCUGCUGCUGCUGCUGUUCCUCUUCAUCAUCAUCUUCUCGCUACUGGGCAUGCAGGUAUUUGGCGGGAAGUUCAACUUUGACGAGACGCAGACCAAGAGGAGCACCUUCGACAACUUCCCCCAGGCCCUGCUCACUGUGUUCCAGAUUCUGACAGGAGAGGACUGGAACGCGGUCAUGUAUGAUGGGAUCAUGGCUUACGGUGGCCCGUCUUCUUCAGGAAUGAUUGUCUGCAUUUACUUCAUCAUCCUCUUCAUCUGUGGAAACUACAUCCUACUGAAUGUGUUCUUGGCCAUUGCUGUGGACAACCUGGCUGAUGCUGAGAGUCUGAACACUGCUCAACAGGAAGAGGCAGAAGAGAAGGAGAAGAAAAAGAUUGCUAGGACUGGGGGUGGAGAUGGAAAGGAGGAUGAGAAAGCAGAGGGGGACAGCAAGGUUCCUGUGGAAGAAGAAGAGGAGAAAGAUCCCUACGCUGACACUGCAGGGGAUGAGGAUGAAGAAGAACCAGAGGUCCCUGCCGGGCCCCGGCCAAAGGUAUCUGAGCUGGUGAAGAAGGACAAGAUUACACCUAUUCCAGAAGGCAGUUCCUUCUUCAUCUUCAGCAGCACCAAUCCAAUUCGGGUGGGAUGUCACAAGCUGAUCAACCAUCACAUCUUCACCAACCUCAUCCUUGUCUUCAUCAUGCUGAGCAGUGUUUCCCUGGCCGCUGAAGAUCCCAUUCGUAACGUCUCUGCCCGCAACAUUGUCCUAGGCUAUGCAGAUUAUGUCUUCACUAGCAUGUUCACAUUUGAGAUCGUGCUGAAGAUGACCACAUAUGGAGCGUUCCUGCACAAGGGUGCGUUCUGCAGAAACUAUUUCAACCUGCUGGACCUGCUGGUGGUGGGUGUGUCCCUGGUGUCCUUUGGAAUUCAGUCUUCAGCGAUCUCGGUGGUGAAGAUUCUGAGAGUGUUGCGGGUGCUUCGGCCCCUGAGGGCCAUCAACCGAGCCAAGGGCCUCAAGCACGUGGUUCAGUGCGUGUUUGUGGCCAUCAGGACCAUCGGAAAUAUCAUGAUUGUCACCACACUGCUGCAGUUCAUGUUUGCCUGCAUCGGAGUGCAACUCUUCAAGGGGAAGUUCUACCGGUGCACAGAUGAGGCCAAAUCCAGUCCUGAGGAAUGCAAGGGGACCUACAUCAUGUAUAAAGACGGAGACGUCAACCAGCCCGUUGUGCGGCAGAGAUUCUGGCACAACAGCGACUUCAACUUCGACAACGUCCUCAUGGCGAUGAUGGCCCUGUUCACUGUGUCCACCUUCGAGGGCUGGCCAGCGUUGCUCUACAAGGCAAUCGACUCCAACCGUGAGAACCUGGGCCCCAUCUAUAACUACCGUGUGGAGAUCUCCAUCUUCUUCAUCAUCUACAUCAUCAUCAUUGCCUUCUUCAUGAUGAACAUCUUUGUGGGUUUCGUCAUCGUCACCUUUCAGGAGCAGGGCGAAAAGGAGUAUAAGAACUGUGAACUAGACAAGAACCAGCGUCAGUGUGUGGAGUAUGCUCUGAAGGCAAGGCCACAGCGUAGAUACAUCCCUAAGAACCCGUAUCAGUACAAGUUCUGGUACGUGGUCAACUCCACAGGAUUCGAAUACAUCAUGUUUGUGCUCAUCAUGCUCAACACCGUCUGCCUGGCUGUGCAGCAUUAUGGCCAGUCUCCUCUCUUUAACUAUGUUAUGGACAUUCUCAACAUGGUUUUCACCGCAGUCUUCACCGUGGAGAUGGUCCUCAAGCUCAUCGCCUUCAAACCCAGGCACUACUUCACUGAUGCAUGGAACACGUUUGAUGCGUUAAUAGUGGUUGGUAGCGUGGUGGACAUUGCGAUCACGGAAGUCAAUCCCACAGAGGCUCCCCAGGUGGAUGAGUCUGGGAACACGGAGGACAGUGCCAGGAUCUCCAUCACCUUCUUCCGCCUGUUCAGAGUCAUGCGAUUGGUCAAGCUCCUGAGCAGAGGGGAGGGCAUUCGCACCCUGCUGUGGACAUUCAUCAAAUCUUUCCAGGCCUUGCCAUAUGUAGCUCUCCUGAUAGCCAUGCUGUUCUUCAUCUAUGCUGUUAUUGGAAUGCAGAUGUUUGGGAAGGUGGCCAUGGUAGAUGGGUCUCAGAUCAACAGAAACAACAACUUCCAGACCUUUCCACAGGCCGUCCUGCUGCUCUUCAGGUGUGCCACAGGAGAGGCGUGGCAGGACAUCAUGCUGGCUUGUAUGCCAGGUAAACUCUGCGAUCCGGAGUCUGACUACAACCCUGGAGAGGAGUACACCUGCGGGAGCAGCUUUGCCAUCAUCUACUUCAUCAGCUUCUACAUGCUCUGUGCCUUCCUGAUCAUAAAUUUGUUUGUUGCUGUCAUUAUGGACAACUUUGACUAUCUGACACGUGAUUGGUCAAUUCUUGGCCCUCACCACUUGGAUGAGUUCAAGCGGAUCUGGUCUGAGUACGACCCAGAAGCCAAGGGCAGAAUUAAGCAUCUGGAUGUGGUCACCCUGCUCCGCCGGAUCCAGCCCCCCCUGGGCUUUGGCAAGCUCUGUCCCCACAGAGUAGCCUGCAAGAGGCUGGUGGCCAUGAACAUGCCUCUGAACAGUGAUGGCACGGUCAUGUUCAAUGCCACACUGUUUGCUCUGGUCAGGACCGCACUGAAGAUCAAAACUGAAGGAAAUCUGGAGCAGUCCAAUGAGGAACUGAGGGCCGUUAUAAAGAAGAUCUGGAAACGAACCAGCAUGAAGCUGCUGGACCAAGUGGUGCCCCCUGCUGGUGAUGAUGAGGUGACCGUGGGGAAGUUCUAUGCCACCUUCCUGAUACAGGACUACUUUAGGAAAUUCAAGAAACGAAAAGAAGAAGGUCUAGUGGGAGUGCACUCAUCGCAAAACAACACAACCAUUGCCCUACAGGCCGGUCUCCGCACGCUGCAUGACAUCGGGCCUGAAAUUCGCCGGGCGAUAUCAUGUGACCUGCAGGACGAGGAGCUAGUAGACUUUAUUCCUGAGGAGGACGAGGAUAUUUAUAGGCGAAAUGGUGGACUCUUCGGCAAUCACGUCAACCACAUGAAUGGGGACAGCAGGGGCUCGGGCCACCGCACUAAUGCCACACAGCGCCCCCUGCAGGUCCACGCUCCGCCUCACUAUGUCCUCAUGGAGCACCACGUGGGGCGGUUCGGACGGAUGGCCAAUGCCCUGCCCUACAACAACCACCACCACCACAACUCCUACUCCAAAUCCACCAACGCCAACCUCAACAACGCCAACGUCUCCAGCCUGCCCAAUGGGAGGCACAACCGCUUCUAUGAGCACAUCCCCGCCAAUGGCUACCCCGGCCACCAGGGGCCCUACUACGCUGGAGACUACAACAGGUCCCGUUCCUCCCAUAUACAGAGGACUCGCUACUAUGAGACCUAUAUUAGGUCCCACGCGGGGGACGACUCCCACCCCACCAUCCGAAGAGAGGAUGAGUAUGGCGAGGAAGAUCGCUACUCUGGGGAGUACUACAGCGGGGAGGAGUGCUACGAGGACGACAGCAUGCUGUCUGGAGACAGGAGGUCAUAUAAAGAGUACCUGGACAGGUAUCCUAACAGUAAUCCUGACUAUGAAACUCAAAGGGGAUACCAUCACCCCGACAGCUACUAUGACGAUGACGAGCAGCCCCUCUACAACGACUCGCGGCGGUCGCCGAAGAGGAGGCUGCUCCCACCCACACCACAAGCCAAUAGACAGCCGUCUUUCAGUUUUGAGUGUCUGCGCAGACAGAGCAGUCAGGACGACCUGCCCCUCUCCCCUGGACUGCACCAGCGCACUGCGCUUCCUCUGCAUCUGAUGCAACACCAGGUGAUGGCUGUGGCUGGUCUGGACUCCAGCCGGGCGCAGAGACUUUCACCGACGCGCUCCACAAGAUCCUGGGCCACGCCCCCCGCCACGCCAACCAAUAAAGACUGGUCCCCCUAUUACACCCCCAUGAUCCGAGUGGACCGGCCCAGCCACGACAGUAUGAGCAGCAGUCAGUCAUCUGUCAGGAAGAGCUCCUGGUACACAGAGGAGUCUGACCACGUCCAUCGGACCUAUACACCUGUGCACUUGCAGGUUCCUGCGGAGUUCAGGCAGCAGUAUCUUCACAAGAGAGGCAGUGCCACCAGUUUAGUGGAGGCGGUGCUGAUAUCCGAAGGCCUAGGCAGGUAUGCCAAGGACCCCAAGUUUGUGGCUGCCACCAAGCACGAGAUCGCUGAUGCGUGUGAGAUGACGAUUGAUGAGAUGGAGAGCGCGGCCAGUCACCUGCUGAACGGCGGCGUGCCGCCGGUCCUCCCCAUCCUCAGCCAGCGCAGUUACGAGCUGCAGGACUUCCCCACGGGCUACAGCGACGAGGAGGCGGAGCCCGAGCCUCGCCCCAAAUACGAGGAGGACCUCGCUGACGAGAUGAUAUGCAUUACCACUUUAUAGCAAAACGCACUGACUUAAAAAAUAAAUAAAUGAAGGCAUCUAUUGGCUCGUUCACAAGAGAAGUGCCUUUCUGCUGUGGAACAUUAAAGGCACCAGCAGCAGGAUCCCCAGCACCAGGAACCACAAGCCCCACCCAGAACCGCGUUGUCCUCCCAAACCCUGAGUGCAGGAGCCAACCUGCUGCUGGAUGCUGCAGGACCUGGACACUGUUGGGUUGAAUGGGCCAGUGUUUUGUUGAUUGGUACAGUAUAGUGAUGGAUUUGGGCAGUAUAGUGUUGAAUGGGGCAGUGUAGGGUUGGAUGGGGCAGUAUAGUGUUGGAUAGGGUUGUGUAGGGUUGGAUGGGGCAGUGUAGUGUUGGAUAGGGUGGUGUAGGGUUGGAUGGGGCAGUGUAGUAUUGA